GAUGAAUCCUUCGCGCUGAAGAUAAUAAGUACAUCGACGAAGACAGGAGAAAACAUUGCGUAGAAGACCUGACUUGAUCGGGAAAAAGUAAUUCGACUACAAAGUUCCUGGAUUGCAACAAGUUGGAGAGAAAACAAGCAGCUCAACAUGUCAGGAAAGUGGGAUCCCCUCACUGAUAUGCCCAACCUCGAGGGUAAAGUGGUUGUUGUCACCGGCGGGAAUGCAGGCAUUGGCUUGUCAACAGUCAAGUACCUCGCCCUUCGAGGUGCCAAGGUUUACUUCACAGCAAGAUCAAAGGCCAAAGCCGACGAGACUCGCACAGUGCUGACGGCCGAAAAUUCUGCGAUAAACGCCGGCAACCUGCAUUGGCUUCCCAUGGACUUGGCAGACCUCAAGUCGGUCGCCUCCGCUGUUGAAGAGCUGAAAAGCAAGGAGACCAGGGUGGACAUCCUUAUAAACAAUGCCGGUCUAGCCUCCGGCACGACGGAGACGAUGGGUCCUGGGUGGGAAUGGCACAUGGGUGUUAACCACGUAGGGCAUUUUGUCUUCACCAACGGCGUACUGCCACUUCUCAAAGAAGCUACAAAACAAUCCGGGGCCGACGUCCGUAUCAUCACUCUCAGCUCCAACGUCAACUAUGCCAUGCUGCCAUCGAACUACGGCUUCACCUUUGAUUCCGCUUCCUUCUUGACGAAGCCUGUGCCUUAUUACCCGUGGCAAUGGCGCUAUAUCAUUAGCCGUAUUUUCGUGGUAGACAUGAUCCGUUACGCUGUCUCCAAGGUCGCCAAUCUCCUUUUCGCCCAAGAGUUGCAGCGACUUCUGGAUGAGCAAGGUCUCCCGAUCCUGUCCAUCUCGGUGCAUCCGGGUGGCGUAGCCACUCCUGGUAGCAAGGACAUUGGAAACUCCCUCUUCUCGCUCGUUAGAUCGGCGGCCUUCCUUACCGUCGACCAGGGCGCCAUCACAUCCGUCUUUGCGGCCACUGCCGCCGAGGUACGCGAGAACGCAGACAAGUACAAGGGUAAGUACUUAGAGCCUUUUGGAAAGAUCGUGACACCGAAUCCAGUCGCCAAGGACGAGAAGCAGGUGAAGGGCAUGUGGGAGCACACCACAGUCGAGGCGAACAAGUACUUGUCGACUCUCGGUCUCGCAGCUCUUCAAGAAUGGUAGUCGUGACAGAAUGAUGGCAGACGAGGUUUUCCCAGGCCUCCAUACGGAUGUUCUCAUCUAUCCUAUUCUCGAUACACACAAAUACACGAUCAAACGACAGAAGACGGUAGUAUAUCAAAUUUUGUUCGAAACCCUCAGGGGGCAUGCGGUUACGGAGUAUACAGGUCCCGUUUCCGAGUGCAAGGGAUAGCAUUCUCCGAAGACGUGUGAAGCCGGUUGAUACCAUCUCGAAGGAACCGACGCGCACC